AUGGGAAAAACGCAAAUAUGGGAAAAACGCAAAUAUGGGAAAAACGCAAAUAUGGGAAAAUGCAAAUAUGGGAAAAUGCAAAUAUGGGAAAAUGCAAAUAUGGGAAAAUGCAAAUAUGGGAAAAACGCAAAUAUGGCAAAAACGCAAAUAUGGCAAAAACGCAAAUUUGGGAAGAACACAAAUAUGGGAAAAACGCAAAUAUGGCAUGAACGCAAAUAUGGGGAAAACGCCAAAAUGGGGAAAACGCCAAAAUGGGGAAAACGCAAAUAUGGCAAAAACGCAAAUAUGGCAAAAACGCAAAUAUGGCAAAAACGCAAAUUUGGGAAGAACACAAAUAUGGGAAAAACGCAAAUAUGGCAUGAACGCAAAUAUGGGGAAAACGCCAAAAUGGGGAAAACGCCAAAAUGGGGAAAACGCAAAUAUGGUAAAAACGCAAAUAUGGCAAAAACGCAAAUAUGGCAAAGACGCAAAUAUGGCAAAGACGCAUAUAUGGCAAAGACGCAUAUAUGGCAAAGACGCAAAUAUGACAAAGACGCAAAUUUGGGAAAGACGCAAAUAUGGGAAAGACGCAAAUAUGGGAAACACUCAAAUAUGGAAAAAACGCAAAUAUGGGAAAAACGCAAAUAUGGGGAAAACGCCAAUAUGGGGAAAACGCAAAUAAGGGGAAAACGCAAAUAUGGGAAAAACGCUAAUAUGGGAAAAACGCAAAUAUGGGAAAAACGCAAAUAUGUAAAAAACGCAAAUAUGUGA